GUCGCUCUCGGCUCGGCGCUCGUGCAGCCAAAUCGAAAGCUCUCGGCCGACUGGGCCGGACCGCUGGGCGACCGGGUCGCUGCACGAAGAAGGGGCUCUCCGACUCCGACGCCGACUUCGCCAGAGUCUCGUCUUUUCCGUCCGAUUUUCGGGCGCCGCCCGCGUCUAGUCGUCCUACUGCACCCCGUGCAUUUCCAUCGCCGAAUCUUGCCGCGUUUCGCGAGGUAGUUUUCCGGCAGAGUGUCGCGCGAGGUGCGUUCUAUACCCUACCGACGAGGGUCCUACCCGUCUUCAUACCUAUCCGGAAGCUUCAUUAUCAGUCGAUUUUUCAUGAUAAAUGCAGAGCCCAAUUGUAAAAAUAAAACAUCCAUCGUAUCAGUCUGCAAAUUUCAAACGCCUCGCCAGGAAAUUCCUGAAGCCGAGUGCUUCUAAACGCACAUGUGACUAUCUAAAGUGCGAGAAUAGUGCAGUGUGAAGUGCGCUCUUUUACGGUGUGUAAAGAACUAAGCCAGCCCUUGUACCGAUGGCUUGAACUCAGUUUGCCUUCGUGGCGAAGACUUUAGCUCAGCCGAUGUUUGAGGUUCGGUGCUUGGCGUGAAGAGGCCCAAAAUUCAAUCGGAGGGGUCCAAGUUCGGUCGAAGGGGGCCCACGUUUAACUCGCGGAUCCCAGUUUCAUCGAAGGGACCCAAGUUCGAUUUGAAAGGUUCAAGCCUGACGUGGCCAAAGUCAGUCGGAGGGGUCCAAGUUUAAUCGGAAUAUUCAAGCGUCAUCAGAGGAAACCAAAUUUGAUCGAGCAGCAAAAUUUUAAUUGGAGGGACCCGAAUCCAAUUGGAAGUGUUUGAAUUUAGCGGAAGGGCCCCGAGUCGGAUCGGCGGAGCUCGUCGGAUGGGCCCUCAGGCGUGGUGAUGCGCAAGAGCCAGCGGGGGGAAGGAAGUUCGGGUAGUUGGGGCCCCGGGACCCAGAUGGCGACAGCGGACGUGGAGCGACCCCGGAAGAAGCUGUCGUUCCGCGAGCCGGAGAUCAUGGGCUACUACAUGCAGAUGAAGCAAGGGGUGACGUCGCGACUUCUGCGCAAGUCGAAGAACGCCAAAGGCAAGGGCCCCGCCGCGGGCCCCGCUGGGGAGGCCCAGAAGAACGGGGCCCCCGAGGAGAUCCUCGAGGAGAGCCACCCGCUCGCACCCAGUGAUGAUGAUUUGGAAUUGGAGAAUCAAGCAAUGCGAGUAGUGCGAACGGUAGGCCAAGCUUUUGAAGUUUGCCAUAAAUUGUCGAUAAACGGACCGCCACCCGGUGAAGAAGAUAACGAAUUAGACACUCCUCACAGUGAGAGUGAUGGUCCUGAAAAGAUUAGAAAAGACUUAUUAGCCGAUCCAAUUAGCUGCGAUAAUUUACCUGCGAACGAAUCGACGUCAACUCUGGAUGCCCUGAGCGAUGCGAUCGUGACAUCCACGUCCCCGCAGCAACCCCAGCUCCAGCGCCCCAACAGGCUCGAAAUCAACCCCCUUCCACCCCCACCUAGCAAUAAUCAUAUCAAUAGCAAUCCCAGUAGAAGAUCGCCGCACAGCGCGGGCGACGUGUACUCGUCGGCGGAACCGCUGAAGAGCGGCGUGGAUUCCGGGAUGCCUUCGAACGGGACUCCGUUGAGCAAUCACCACGAGCUCCAGCUCCUGAGGGAGCAACUCGAGCAACAGUCGCAUCAGACCCAGUCGGCCCUCGCCCAGGCUCACCUCUUCAGGGACCGACUCGCCGCCGAAACCGCCGCCAGGCUCGAGUCUCAGGCUCGGGAACAUCAGCUUUUGGCGAACAACAAGGAGCUCCUGGAGCACAUAGCAACCUUAGUAGCUCUCUUGCAGUUACAAGAAAGAUCGGGUUUCCAAAAUUCUCCUCAAAAUAUUUCAAAUAUACCACAGGGAUCACUUCUGAACGAUGCUCAAACUCCAUCUUCCAACUCGAUGUUUUUGCCAGAUUAUCAAGACCUGGAAGCUCUACGCCACCUAGCGAACCAACAAACUCCGCUCAUCGACAGCAGAAGCCUUCCACCAAAUUUCCUCCCACAAUCUCCACCUCAUCAAACUAUGCUUCCUUCAAUGUUCAAUUUUGGUUUCACCCCUACGUCUGAGCAGCAGUUCCAAACGCAGCUACUACAAAGGCUUCAAAGUUUAAGUUCUCGCCCUCCGCCCUAUCCAUCUAAUUUAUUUCAACAGGCCGGUCUUGUGCCUCAAGCUACUCCGCAGCCCUCCAUUUCCACUCCUAAUUUCCGAAUCUCACAGGCAUCUUCUUAUUCCGGAUCUCCCAUCCUCACUCAUAAGUCCAACUCAGAAAGUUGCAUUAAACAGGAUGAGGAACCUGCUGAGCUGAUCAAACCCUUAUCGCAAAGCGGAACACUAACAACCACAGACAAUGAUGGGCGAGUUAGAGUUAUUGUUGCCGUCAGUGAUGAUGAGAGUAAACCAGAGCCAAUUCCAAAACCGGCUGUAUCUAAGCUGGAUCCACCAUCCACUGUCAAUAAAAGGAAUGGAAAACAGCCAGCAACCCCUACUAAGAAACAGCAAGGUUUGCUUGCAUCAGCAAUGGCAUCCCUGAGGGUUUCUGGCCGUGAACCAGAAAGCGCAAAUAGCAGAAAAAGGACAAAUGUUCCAAAUGGUCCUUUUAUUACCAGGUCCACCAGUGAAAAAGUACCUAAUAGAAGUGAAUUAAUGUCACAGGUUCAAAGAACUAUGUGGGCUCGACAUACCACUAAAUGACCUUUACUUUCCCCGUUGCUCCGAACAAACUUUUUUCGCAAAGUUACUUCAGUUGUUAACAGUUGGCAACACUUUGUUCCUCUUUGACAGGAUUAAUCCCCUGGAAAAAUUACUCUUGUUCUCAAUAUUUUUUAUUAGUGCCUAAGUAUGUUUUAUUUUAAUUGACUGCCAUUUGUGAAAAGGAAAGAGGUAGUUCUCUUGUAAUUUUACUUCCCUCUCCCCUCGUCUACAUAAAGAUGAAGUUUUUUAAUUGUUCCUUUUAAACUCCUGUGAGUGAUCAGAAAUGUAGGAUUGCCUGAUGUAAUUAAAUUUCAUCAAAUUUUAAGAUCAAUAAUGUAUGCACUUGUAAUUGAAUGCUGGUUCCCUCAAAAAUAAGUAUUCAAACGAUUCAAAUUCAAUAAUACUGUAAGAUAGGAUCAAUAAUUUUAUAAAUAAGAAAGAAAAAAAAAAAGCAGAGUCAAAACAAUUCAUCAGAUGAUAAAGUGGACCUCAAAUUUUCUACUCAGAAUGAAAAAUUAUUCAGGUUGCAAACUCUCUAAAAGAAUUCAGUCAAGUAAGUAUUACCUAUUUUUAAAACUUUCGAAAAAUUAGUGCCCAUCUUAUCAGAAAGAAAAACAAUCAAUUCUAUCUGGUAUUUAUUUGUUGUUAUACUAUAAUUUCAUUGUUGAAUCCUGGAAACGUUGGUGCUCAAAAUCUUGAAAGUAUUGUUAUUUUUGUACAUUGUUACUACGUAUUUGAGCUUUUAGUGAUUUUAAGUGAUCUAUAAUCAAAAGCACUUUUGAAAGUUAUUCCUGUUCAUGAAAAAAAAAACCUUUUUUCUCCCUUAUUUUAAAUUCGUUUGGUCCCUCUUGUAAUCAAAUUAGUCUAAAAAUAGGUACCAUUUUAAUAAGUCAAGAAAACUAUUGUCAGAAGAUCUCUUAGUAUCCUUUCGAAGCUGAGGAGGGUCUGUAACCAACAAAGAAAACAUACCCUUAAUAAGUGCCACCCAGCGAACGAGAAAAAGGUUCCUUCUGUAAACAACCAAUUUCCAAAUCUUGUAUGAUAUUCUCAAUUUUGACACCCCCCCCCCCCCCUUUUAUCACCAACUAUUAGUCUUCUAAAUAUAUCAAAUUUUUCAAAUUUCCAUUGGAGUUUAAAUACGUUUUUACGCCAUGAGUUGAUCUAACUGAACCUUGUUUUUCAGUAAAGUCUUGUUAUCAGGCAAAGAAUUUUGCAGAGAAUUUUAAGUGCUACCGUCGACUUAAAUUCCUAUUUUGACAAACCCACUCGUUUGACUGUAGCUCUAUUUUGAAGUACCUAACUUACUUAUUUUGUUUAUUUUCCUCUGUAAACUUAAAUCAUCUUAUGUACAGUCAUACUUUUAGUUAAGUUAUUUCUAUUGCAACGACAAAUGUAUUUUUAUAUAUAAAGAAGAAAGUUAGAAAAAAUAAAAAAAAUCUGUUUUUAUA